AUGGCCUCAACACCGCCUCACUGGUCCCUCUUCACCGCCACCACCAGUAACAAUCGCCACACCCGUCAUCAACAACAACCCAACCACCGCCAAUGGCUUCCUCCUCGUGGGCCCCGCUCCCUCUCCAAUCGAAAAAAGCUCCCAACUUUCUCUCCUCUGCUAACCCCAAACUCGUCUCCUCCCCUCUCCUCCGACUUCUCGGGUCGCCGCUCGACCCGGUUCGCCUCCAAGAUGCAUUUCAACCGACCCAAAACCACAACCUCCACUCGCCACACCCCCGCCGCCGAAGACGCGCUCCAUAGCCUCACCGCGUUCUCCGGAGCCGACGACGAGACGACGUUCCAGAGCCUAAUCUCCACCUUCGAGCCAACGCUUCGCGGCUCCGACGACUACACUUUCCUACUCCGUGAGCUAGGGAACCGAGGCGAAUGCGACAAAGCCCUUCUCCUUUACCACUUCGCUGUUCAACGAGAGAGAAGGAAGAACGAGCGAGGGAAGCUAGCUAGCGCGAUGAUAGGCACUCUCGGUAGACUAGGCAAAGUCUCCAUCGCUAAAACCGUUUUCGAAAGUGCUUUAUCCGGUGGGUAUGGGAACACUGUCUACGCCUUCUCUGCUCUCAUAAGUGCUUACGGAAGAAGCAAUCUCCAUAAUGAAGCUAUCACCGUCUUCGACUCCAUGAAAAGCUACGGCUUGAGGCCUAACUUGGUUACCUACAACGCCGUCAUCGACGCGUGUGGUAAAGGAGGGAUGGAGUUCAGCAAAGUAGCUGAGUUCUUCGGCGAGAUGGAGAGGAUCGGUGUGCAGCCCGAUAGAAUCACAUUCAACUCUCUCCUCGGCGUAUGCAGCAGAGGAGGGUUGUGGGAGGUAGCGAGGAGCCUCUUUGAUGAGAUGGCGAAUAGAAAGAUCGAGCAAGACGUGUUUUCUUACAACACACUCUUGGACGCGAUCUGCAAAGGAGGGCAGAUGGAUCUUUCUUUCGACAUACUCGCUCAGAUGCGUGCGAAUAGAAUCACGCCCAACGUUGUGAGCUACAGCACUGUCAUUGAUGGUUUUGCGAAAGCCGUGAGAUUCGAGGAAGCUCUCAGCUUGUUUGACGAGAUGAGGCAUCUCGGUAUUGCGUUGGAUAGAGUUUCUUACAACGCGUUGCUUUCUAUUUACACCAAAGCGGGUAGAGAUGAAGAAGCGUUGGAUGUUUUGAGAGAGAUGGCGUCUGUUGGGAUCAAGAAGGAUGUUGUGACUUACAACGCUCUUCUCGGAGGGUAUGGGAAGCGAGGGAAGUACGUCGAAGUGAAGAGCGUUUUCCACGAGAUGAAACGGGAGCGUGUCCUUCCUAACUUACUGACGUAUUCGACGUUGAUCGAUGUGUAUUCGAAAGGGGGCUUGUAUAGAGAGGCGAUGGAGGUCUUUAGGGAGUUUAAGAGCGUUGGUUUGAGAGGUGAUGUUGUGUUGUACAGUGCGUUGAUUGAUGCUUUGUGCAAAAGUGGGUUGGUUGGUUCUGCUGUUUCUUUGAUCGAUGAGAUGACUAAGGAAGGGAUUAGUCCUAACGUUGUAACUUAUAACUCCAUUAUUGAUGCCUUUGGGAGGUCUGCAGCUAUGGAGUCUAGAGAUGGUAGCUUAAGUACGUUGACUGGAACAGAGGAAAAUCGUGUGAUAGAGAUAUUUGAGCAGUUAACCACUGAGAGUAGUAACAGAAAGAAGAAAGAGUGUGAGGAGGGUGUGAAUGAGCUCUUCAGUAUGUUGGAAGUAAUCCGCAAGAUGCAUCAGCUGGAUAUCAAACCAAAUGUGGUAACCUUUUCAGCUAUUCUGAACGCUUGCAGUCGGUGCAACUCAUUUGAAGAUGCUUCAGUGCUGCUAGAGGAGCUCAGGGUGUUUGAUAACCAUGUGUAUGGUGUUGUUCAUGGGCUUCUCAUGGGCCGUAGAGAGAAUGUGUGGCUCCAAGCUCGGAGUUUAUUCGAUAAAUUAAAGGAAAUGGAUGGUUCGACCGCUUCUGCUUUCUACAAUGCUCUUACAGACAUGCUCUGGCACUUUGGUCAGAAACGAGGUGCACAACUAGUGGCGCUUGAGGGAAGAUCUAGACAGGUUUGGGAGAACGUGUGGUCGACUUCGUGCUUGGACUUGCACCUUAUGUCUUCUGGUGCUGCAAGGGCAAUGGUUCACGCUUGGUUGCUAAACAUACGCUCCAUUGUUUUUGAAGGUCAUGAGUUACCUAAAGUCAUGAGCAUAUUAACUGGUUGGGGAAAACACAGCAAAGUGGUUGGAGACGGAGCGCUAAGGCCAGCGGUUGAAGCGCUUUUGAGGGGAAUGAACGCACCGUUCUACCUCUCAAAAUGCAACAUGGGAAGGUUCACAUCGAGCAGUUCGGUUGUAGCUAGUUGGCUGCGUGAAUCUGCCACUCUCGAACUCUUAACCCUCCAUGAUCACUUAACCACCAAAGCUAACACAACAAUGAGAUCAAGAGACCAACAAGGGCAAGACUCUCUCAAGUUGCAGCCUCUUCUUUUGUAGCUCUACUCUGUUAACUAUUUAUGACCAUCAAAUCUGUGUUUUGUUCCCAAUAAUGGUGGGAUUAUGUGCUAAUAUCUUGUAACAGAAAAAACCAACUACGUAUGUGGACAUGGUUUUUAUUCUACCAGAUAAUGACGAAUCAAAUUUUAGACUAA